AUGGGUUCGGUGUCGGAAACCGUUUGCGUUACCGGGGCCUCGGGUUUUAUAGGGUCGUGGCUUGUUAUGAGACUUAUCGAGCACGGUUACACCGUUCGCGCCACCGUUCGCGAUCCAGAUAAUAUGAAGAAGGUGAAGCAUUUGUUGGAACUGCCGGGUGCAAAUAGCAAAUUGACACUUUGGAAAGCUGAUCUUGCUGAAGAGGGUAGUUUUGAUGAAGCGAUUAAAGGUUGUAUAGGGGUUUUUCAUGUGGCUACACCUAUGGAUUUUGAAUCCAAAGAUCCUGAGAAUGAAGUGAUUAAGCCAACAAUAAAUGGAUUAGUAGACAUAAUGAAAGCAUGUGAGAAAGCAAAAACAGUUAGAAGAUUAGUAUUCACAUCCUCAGCUGGAACAGUGGAUGUUACUGAGAAUCCAAAGCCUGUCAUUGAUGAAACCUGUUGGAGUGACGUUGACUUUUGCCUCAGAGUCAAAAUGACUGGUUGGAUGUAUUUUGUUUCAAAGACACUGGCAGAGCAAGAAGCAUGGAAGUAUUCAAAAGAACAUAACAUAGAUUUUGUUUCCAUCAUUCCACCACUAGUUGUUGGACCCUUUCUUAUGCCAUCAAUGCCACCAAGUUUAAUCACUGCUCUUUCCCUAAUCACAGGAAAUGAGGUACAUUACUCAAUCAUAAAACAAGGACAAUAUGUCCACUUAGAUGACCUUUGUCUUGCUCAUAUAUUUCUGUUUGAGAAUCCAAAAGCUCAAGGGAGAUACAUUUGCUGUUCACAUGAAGCAACCAUUCAUGAAGUUGCAACACUUAUUAAACAAAAAUAUCCAGAGUUCAAUGUUCCUACAAAAUUCAAGGAUAUUCCAGAUGAAUUGGAAAUUAUAAAGUUUUGUUCAAAGAAGAUCACAGAUUUGGGGUUCAAAUUUAAGUAUAGCUUAGAAGGCAUGUUCACAGGAGCUGUAGAAACCUGCAGAGAAAAAGGGCUUUUACCUAAAGCUGUGGAGAGUGUAGAGAAUGAAGUUACUGACACCAUGAAUAAAUAA